GGGAAGAACGCAGUGUUCAAGAUGCCCUCUACCUGCUGUGUUAUAAACUGCAAUAGUCGUUCACACGAUAGAAGUGGCAUAAAGCUUAAGAACGUAAAAUCCUUUUAUCGUUUUCCAGCGUGGAAAAAUAAUAGUACAAGCCAUGUUUCAGAGGUGACAAAAAGGCGACGAAUGGCAUGGAUAGCAGCAGUAAGGAGGCCCAAGAUUACCUUCGAUAACACUCCACCACACAUGAUGGUGUGUUCAAAGCAUUUUCACAAAGGCAAACCUGCCUAUGAAAUGUUGGAGUGUGAUCCUGACUGGGCCCCUUCUCUGUACCUCGGCCAUACUGAGGGCAAAGCUACGAACACAGACCGGUUCAAGCGGUUUAGGAGAAGAGCGAGGUCACAACAACAGCAACCCCCAUCGCUAGGCACUGACAACUCUGGUCCUGAGGCUGAUUUGGAAGCUCACAUGAAUCAACCCCCAUCGCCAUGCACUGACCACACUGGUCCUGAGGCGGAGUUGGAUAAUGCAGCACAUUUAUACCCAGACAACACUACACCUGCAACUGAGAUGGAAGGUCCCGUGAAUCCACCCCCAUCGCCGGGCACAGUCCACACCAGUCAUGAGACUGAGUUGAAUGAAGCAGCACAUUUGUUCAUGUAUUUUUUAAAUAAGUUUUAUUAAUAAAGGCAUAGAACCAGUUUAUUUGUAGUGCACUGACAAUAGCUUUAUAUAAUUAGUUUAUCAAUUAAAUUAAUAAAAAGACAAAAAGACCUUGCGAUAUGUUUGGUAAUUGUACCUGAAUGAAUUUAAAAUUAAUUUGCUAUAUUUCAGAUCAAUAUAUUUGUUUUCCUUAAUUUUAAUUAACCCUAACUUUAUUCUCAUCUGAAUUAUAAAUAAUUGAUUUCCGUAUAAAAUAAUACUACCAUUAAAAACACAUUUGAUUUUCUUUUUUAAUCAAUGUAGAAUAUGUAACUCUGCUCUGAAGACAAGAAAUGAAAACCAAUGCGAUAUGAUUAAUGUCCAAAAGAUGAAACCCACAGACUGUUUUGAAAUGGGGUUGGAUAAAUAUGUUUUGCUUUUAAAACUGUUUGUGUUUGGUUGGGUGACAGUUGUAUGUUACAGUUUGACGAGCUUAGAGUGUGACAAAAGCACAAUGUUGUGUUUUAU